CAAAGGGUUAGAACGUGCACUGCGAGUCUCUAUGGAAACGUGAAGCUCCUCAAAACAGCGGUCUCCUCGGCGGGCACAGUUGUGUGUGUAACUUUUAUAUCCAUUCACUUGCUGUAAACGCUAAAAAUAUACAUGAGUUAAAAAAUAAAAUUAAAAAAAAAAACACACAUAAUUAAAAAUCUUGCCUGAAACAUGCCACAGAAAGCAGUGAAGGUAGUUGUUGAACUCCAGCUUCAUGCGGUGACUUGCCCAGGUGUGUUUUUGACAAACAAAGAUGACGUCUAUCUCAGUGUAUGCAUCAUGGGACAGUACAGGAAGUCAGCAUGUCAUUUGCCAGUAUUCCCACUGCUUUUUCAUGAAAAGAUGAUAUUUGAAAAGGUUUUUAAGAUGGUGAUGGACCCUGCUGAUGUAGCUGAGCAGUUAGAAUAUGAAACUGCAAAAUGUGAACUAAUACAGUUAUUUCCUCCAGUGGGGGAGACAUUGGCAUCUUAUGAAGAAGAUGCAAGGAGCUUUCUUUUUCCAGAGCCAAAACUGGCCCCUACCUAUCCUGGAGUGGACAGAGAAGUACUAAUGAGCCGGACCCGAAAUUUCCCAGGAAUUGCACCUAAACUAGAAUUUUCAACCAGAACUACAAUUAAGGAAUGCUCAUUCAAAAGAGAGAAAGGUGUCUGUGCAAGUAAUCACUUGGUAGCUCCAAGAAAACCAAACAUUCGGAAGGCACACAGGUCAGGAUCAUCCACACCAUCCAGAAAUAGAAGUGCAUCACCAGGGAAGAAAAGGGUGUCCUGUUGUAUUGAAAAGAAUUCCAAAAAGCAGACAAAUGUGUCCAGGUCCAGGUCUUUAUCGCUGUGCGCUAACAAGCGCGUGGCAGAGGAUUUUGAGCUGAACAGACUGGGGCUGGCUCAGCUCAACCUGGGGCCUCACAAGUUCAAUUCAGACAAGGACGCCAGAUCACACUUUCAGGUUCCCAAUGUUGACAGCUCCAGGCCUAUCAGCAAACAUGACUCACCGCCAAGGCUAUCUCCAGAUUUACUUAUAUCAAGAUCAAGAAGCACUUCAACCAAGUCACGUCUUAGUGGUGGUUCGGCAGCCCUAGGCAAUGCUGGCUCGGCAGCCCUAAGCGGUGCAGGCUCGGCAGCCCUAGGUGGGGCAGGCUUUACAGGCUCUUGGGAGGCGAUUGAGGGAGCUGAUCCUGGAGAGGUAGCUUCACCUCCUCUGGUGGUGGAGGUGGGAGCUGCAGGUAGUCCUCCCAUGGCGGCGGAGGUGGGAGCAGCAAGUCUUCCCAUGGCGACGGAGGCAGGAGCAGCAAGUAGUCUUCGCAUGGCGGCGGAGGUGGGUGCAGCAAGUAAUCUUCCCCUGGUGGCAGAGGCAAGAGCAGCAGGUAGUCUUCCCCUGGCAGCGGAGGCGAGAGCAGCGGGCAGUCUUCCCCUGGCGGCGAAGGUGGGAGCAACAGGUAGUCUCCCCCUAACGGUGGAGGCGAGAGCAGCUGGUAGUCUUCUUCUAUCACUGGGGACUGGUGCGGCAUUACUUCGGUCGCUGGGGACUGAUACAGCUCUCCUUCAGUCACUAGCGACUGGUGCGGCUCUCCUUCGGCCGCUGGGGACUGGUGCAACUCUCCUAUUUUCGCUGGGGACUGAUGCGGGGCCUCCCACUCUUCCUUUCUCCUCCCCCUCGUGGUGGACAGAGCAGUUGGCCACAUAGUGCCUACCCCCGCAGAUGUGGCACAACUACGGUGGCUGAAAGGGGGGAUACAAGUAGCACCACGUGGUGGAAUGCCCAGGCUUAGCACAGGUCUGGCACCCGGGAAACACUUCCUCCGGCUGCUGUUGUGGGGGCUCUGGAGCUGGCACUGGCUUCUUCCCCUUCUUUGGUCUUUGGGCAGGCCGCUCCUCUUCCUCUUGGAGCGGGCAGAAUACCACCCUGUGCCUGAACACACCGCAUGCAAGUUUCUUUUAAACACUUCUUUUUUAAACACUCCUUUUUGCCCUCUUCAGCAAAAAAACACUUUUUCUUCACAAAAAAAAACACUUUUAGAAAGAAAAAAAAAAAGGAAUCCUUCCUGAUUUGAGGAUGGGUGAUGUCAGACCAGGAAGACAGUGGACACAGACAGCAGUGCUGGGGUAAUUGUAAAAUAAAAAGGUUUAAACAGAAAACAUAAGACUGAACAACAAAACGGCACGUUGGCCAAUCCAAACAGACAAAACACAAGCAACGUGAACACUAAAUCGAACAAGUGGUUUAAAGCCAGCAUGAGUAGCAAUUGUUUACUUUCAGUUUUAAAGUUUACUCCCUACUUUCUCUGUUGUUCUCUCCUCACCGAAAACCUAACCCGGAGUGAGUGAUCCGUGUAUUUAUAUAUACAGCUGUGCUGGGACUCAAUUACUAAUUAAUAAUUCGCUUGAAUCCCAGCACGUGAACUAAUUUGUGCAAUCCCUGUGCCCACAUAGCAAUACACACUUUAUCUGUGUAAUCCCUGUGCCUAAAUACAACUAUAUAUUUUAAAUCACCCGUGAUAACCCACACCAAUACAUACACACCACAUACAGCAUAUAACCCAAAAAUACGCACAUGGGCAGGGCACCCCGCCACAAUAACAUUUCAUUCUACUGUACUACUUAAUGGGUUCUAUUUUCAAUCAGGAGACUGUGACUUGAUUUCAGUUUUCUGGAGCAGUAUUAAACAGGUAUUUAUUCUAGUGUACUACAUUAUCAAGUUUACCUUUGAAAAUCUCAAAUUAUGUUAAAAUACUUGAAUUUCAAAUAUCUAUAGUAAUUGUCAUUUUUACAUUUUUUUAUGUAGCCUGUUAUAAAAGUCAUGAGUUUAUCACCAGUGCUUUAAGUUGGGAGGUAGUGAGUUGCUUAAUGUAGGACUGGCAGAAUAGUUAUGGAUCUUUUAAUAUUUGUGUCUUU